CCUCCGUGCGCGAGCAUAUCAAGCGAAAGCUGCCGAGAGUGCCGAGCCGAGCGGAGUCGUCGUCUGCUGCUUAGCCCUCCCCGGUGUUCAUCAAUUUUUGUGUCGUGAGGGACAGUCAAACGUAAAAUCAAAGCCCAAAACAAAAUAAACAAUGCAAAGGACGACUAGUGGUGGUAUUCUCGGUGAGUGCUGGCUGGUGCUGGUCCUCGGUGGCCUCCUGAUCGGCAUCGUCGGCGCCGAGCGUAACAUGAACGACUACAUCAAACGAGAACAUUCGCUCAUCAAACCGUAUCAUGGUUCUGGUAUGACAAUACCCUACUGGAACUUCCAAGGGAACACUUUGGUGACAAACAACUUUGUGAGACUGACUGCUGAUGCUCAAAGUCAACGGGGCACUAUUUGGAACACUGUGCCUUGCCACGUAAGAAACUGGGAAUUACAAGUUUCUUUUAAAGUUUAUGGCAAAGGUAAGGACUUAUUUGGAGAUGGCUUGGCAAUUUGGUAUGCUAAAGAUCCAAAUCAGCCUGGACCAGUCUUUGGAAGCAAAGAUUACUUUAAUGGUUUAGUAGUGAUACUUGACACCUACAGUAAUCACAAUGGGGAGCACAACCAUCAGCACCCAUAUAUUUCGGCCAUGGUGAACAAUGGUACUCUUCAUUACGAUCACGACAGAGAUGGUACUCAUACUCAACUUGCAGGCUGUGAGGCUAAAUUUAGAAAUCUCGAACAUGACACAUAUAUUUCUUUAAGAUAUGAAAAGGAUACUUUGACAGUAUCCACUGACUUUUCAAACAAAGGUGCUUGGAAAGAGUGCUUUACUGUGAAAGAAAUCCAGUUGCCAACUGGUUACUAUUUUGGCGUUACUGCUACAACAGGGGACUUAUCCGAUAAUCAUGCAGUUGUUUCAUUAAAACUGUACCAAUUGGAUUCCCCUGACGAUACAAAGGAAGAAGACAGAUCACAAAUUGUACCAUCAGCCGCCUAUUUUGAGUCUCCAAGAGAUCAUGUUGAAGAUCCAAAGCCGUCGUCACUUGGAGGAAUAAAAAUAUUCUUCCUGAUGCUUAUUGGUGCUUUAGCUCUUAUUGCCUGCGUUGUGAUUGGUAUCAUGUUGUACCAGAAGCACCAAGAACAAAGCAGAAAGCGAUUUUACUAAUGAUUUCACAUGCCUCGGUGUUUUAUUUUAUUUUUAACGAACUGAGAGACAUUCCUUUUAAACCAAAAGUACCAAAUUUUUAUGGAUUGGCGAUGGGCACCGACAAGUUGUGAGGACUUGGAAAAGUAUAGUGAUGAAACGAUUUUUUUUUGUGUUUUAGUGCAAUUAUGCAAACGCUUUGAAGUUAUAGUGUAUUGAUUUGUAUUUAUUUGGCAGCCAUAUUUAUUAUUUAUGCAUGGAGGAGAUGGAAAAUAUUUUUGCUAUAAUCUCCACAUUGUAACAUAUUCGUUUCCAACAGUAAUUUAACCAACAGACUGUAAUUUAUAAUUUUUUUCAAAGAAAAUUUUAAUCUUCUAAACGAUAUAUUUUAUGUGAUUGUGAAUUUACAAAACAAGUGGACAUUGCAAUAAGCAAUACUCGCGUGUAAAAGCGCUUGGCAUGUAUAAAUGUAUGAAAAAAAGGUUUUCUACAAAUUAAUUACUUUGGAAAAAUUUAUCAAUGAAAUUAACGUACAUAAAGAACAAAGAGUCUUAAAUCAGGUAAUAUAUUUGUAAAUAAAUAAACCGUACAAUACUAUCUAUAUCGAUUAAUUUUAAGAUGAUUUUCUGCUGUGACGUUGCUGUUUUUAUACACGAAAUAAUAUGCCAUACAUGCAUAUAUGUGUGCAUAUGUAUACAUACGUAAGAAAAGUAACUGUAAAAAAGUGUGAUUGUUUUUUAAGUGUAAAACUAUUGUCAUUUGAAAUGUUGCCAAAUGAAAUGAUAU